GAGCCCUCGGCUACGAGGGCCUGGUGCUGGCGGAAGUGGCGACGCUGGCGUCCCCGGAGCCUACGGAGGGCGGCAGUGACGGGCCGGGCGCUGACGGCAGCGACCCGGGGGGUGGCGUGGACGCCCGCGGCCCGGGCUGGGGUAUCACCGCGGGCCUCGACCCCGAAAUGGCGCUGCUCGCAGAACACCUGCUGAGGCCCCUGCCCGCGGACAAGCAGAUCGAGACCGGGCCCUUCUUGGAGGCGGUGUCCCACCUGCCGCCCUUCUUCGGGAGCUUUGCCUGGUCCUCAUGACGACCUGCCAGGGGGAUGAAGGAGGGGACAGGGAGAGCUUUCUCAUGGAGCGAGCCCAGAGUUCCAACACGGCCGGGCCAUGCCUGGGGCUGCCUCUCACCUGCCAGAAGGUGUUCCGUGUGGCAUCCUGCCGGGAAAGCACAGAUGCUUCUGUUGAAGAACACUGUGAUUCCAGAGAUGUGAACAGACCACAUACUGGAACUGGACUCUUUCAAGUUCUGUUCUGGGUUCUGUUGUCCCAUUUACUAGCAGGGAAUGUGAGGCUCAGGGAACUGAAGGCAGACACCCCGCCUGCAAGUGCUUGGCAUCAUGCAGGUGCCCUUCUGGACAGUGCAGAGACCGAGCGUUUUCAUCACCGUAGGAAGUUCUGCUCUAAGGAAAGAGAUUGUCUCGGGUCCGCGGUGUUCAUGCCCAUCAAGGCAGACAUAAGUGGCAACAUCACGAAAAUCAAAGCCGUGUACGAUACUGACCCAGCCAAGUUCCGGACCCUGCAGAACAUCCUGGAAGUGGAGAAGGAAAUGUAUGGAGCAGAAUGGCCCAAAGUGGGGGCCACGCUGGCGCUGAUGUGGCUGAAAAGAGGCCUCCGCUUCAUCCAGAUCUUCCUCCAGAGCAUCUGUGACGGGGAGCGGGACGAGAACCACCCCAACCUCAUCCGCGUCAACGCCACCAAGGCCUACGAGAUGGCCCUCAAGAAGUACCACGGCUGGAUAGUGCAGAAAAUCUUUCAUCGCUCUACGCGGCCCCCUACAAGUCCGACUUCCUGAAAGCGCUCUCCAAGGGGCAGAACGUGACGGAGGAGGAGUGCCUGGAGAAGAUCCGCCUCUUCCUGGUCAACUACACGGCCACCAUCGAUGUCAUCUACGAGAUGUACACCAAGAUGAACGCCGAGCUCAACUAUAAGGUGUAGGCGACGCCCGCGCGGGCUGCGCGCUGAAACAAGCAAACCUGGAUCACUGUGAACCCAGCCGGCGGGCUGCCCGGCCCUCAGCCCUCAGGCCCGCCUGGGCUGCAGAGGCCAGCCCUGGGGUUUUUUUAAGUCAUUCUUUUUUAGUUUAUUCUAAUGGAGCAAUAAGUAAUGAUCCUCUUCCAGGUCUUUGACUUUCACAGCAGCACAGACUGACUGUGCACCUUCAUUUCAGUGUGAUUAAAAUUCAGCUAACCAGCCUGGCUCGGUGGUACAUGCCUGUAAUCCUAGCUACCUGGGAGGCUGAGACAGGAGGACCCUAAACUUGAGCCCAGCCUGGGGCAAAUUAGCGAGGUCCUAUCUCAAAAUAAAAAUUGUGAAGAGUUUGGGGUAUAGCUGUCGUAUGCUUGGUUAGCAUGCGGGAGACCCCGGGUUUAAUCCCUGGCACCACAAAAACAUAAAUGUAAAUAAAUAAAAUUAACGUUUCUAAUCAAAUCCUAGGGUUUUGCCCCUCACACCCCAAGGAACACUGCCCUGGGGGAGCAACACACACUUCACAUCAUAGGGAAGCCCUUAUUCCUCUGAGGAGCUGGCUGAGUGAUGCUUCUGGUAUUUUAGGGUCCAUGAAAAAUUUGAUUUGAAAUUUUACAGGAUCCUUAUUGUGGCAUUUGAAAAAACAAACAAACUGGUGUGUGUUCGAGUGUAGUUUGCACAAAUCAACCUCACAGCACUGUCAUUAGAAACUGUCAGGCUUUGGCCAGUGGUUUUUUUGUUUUUUAAUAGCUGAGACCAACCAGCAAGCCUUUUGAAGACCAAGGGACCAUUUGCUUGCAAGCUAUUGGGCACAAACAGUUGACCAUUGGUGACUGUAUCUACAUUUUUCUGCAUAAUUAUUCUCUUCAGGGACAGCUCUUCUACCUGAGAAACAAGUGGAUUUCUGGAGGGGGAGAAGUGUGCCCUCCAGCUGCAGAGACUUAUAAAGCCACCUCACUGCCUUAACGGUCCUUUCUGGCGCUAAAAAGAGCUUAUAUUUUUUAACGGAUUGGGGCAAACUAAGCAACCCCCAAAGAUUUGAUGUGCACUUAGUAAAAAACCCAAUGAGGAACAAUGGAUGAUUUUUAUGCAGAAACUAAAUGAUCCUUAAUAAAUAAAUCUCUAUUUUGGAAUCA